AUGGGGAUGGGGGAGGGGCCAGAGAACCUGCAGAGAGGCAUGAGACCCAACAAGGACAACAGCCGUCGCGUGGACAACGUGCUGAAGCUGUGGGUGAUCGAGGCGCGCGACCUGCCGCCCAAGAAGCGCUACUACUGCGAGCUGUGCCUGGACGACAUGCUGUACGCCCGCACCACCAGCAAGGCCCGCACCGACAACGUCUUCUGGGGCGAGCACUUUGAGUUCAACAACCUGCCGGCCGUGCGCACCAUCCGCCUGCACCUCUACAAGGACACCGACAAGAAGAGGAAGAAGGACAAGAGCAACUACGUGGGCAUGGUGAGCAUCCCCAUCGCCAGCGUCACCGGGCGGCACUUCGCCGAGCAGUGGUACCCCCUGAGCCAGCCCAGCGGUAGCAAGAGCAAGGCCGGCUGUCCGGCGCUGCGGGUGAAGAGCCGCUUCCAGACCAUGAGCAUCCUGCCCAUGGAGCUGUACAAGGAGUUCGCCGAGUACGUCACCAACAACUACCGCAUGCUGUGCGCCGUGCUGGAGCCGGUGCUGAGCGUCAAGAGCAAGGAGGAGGUGGCCUGCGCGCUGGUGCACAUCCUGCAGAGCACCGGCAAGGCCAAGGACUUCCUGUCGGACAUGGCCAUGACGGAGGUGGAUCGUUUCAUGGACCGGGAGCACCUGAUCUUCCGGGAGAACACCUUGGCCACCAAAGCCAUCGAGGAGUACCUGAAGCUCAUCGGCCAGAAAUACCUCAAGGACGCCAUUGGCGAGUUCAUCCGCGCGCUCUACGAGUCGGAGGAGAACUGCGAGGUGGACCCCAUGAAGUGCUCGGCCUCCACGCUGGCCGACCACCAGGCCAACCUGCGCAUGUGCUGCGAGCUGGCGCUCUGCAAGGUGGUCAACUCCCACUGCGUGUUCCCGCGGGAGCUGAAGGAGGUGUUCGCCUCGUGGCGGCUGCGCUGCGCCGAGCGCGGGCGCGAGGACAUCGCCGACCGCCUGAUCAGCGCCUCACUCUUCCUGCGCUUCCUGUGCCCCGCCGUGAUGUCCCCCAGCCUCUUCGGGCUGAUGCAGGAGUACCCCGACGAGCAGACGGCCAGGACGCUGACCCUCAUCGCCAAGGUCAUCCAGAACCUGGCCAACUUCACCAAGUUCGGCAGCAAGGAGGAGUACAUGGCGUUCAUGAACGAGUUCCUGGAGCUGGAGUGGGCCAGCAUGCAGCAGUUCCUGUACGAGAUCUCCAACCUGGACACGCUGACCAACAGCACCAGCUUCGAGGGCUACAUCGACCUGGGCCGCGAGCUGUCCACGCUGCACGCGCUGCUCUGGGAGGUCAUGAGCCAGCUCAGCAAGGAGGCACUGCUGAAGCUGGGCCCGCUGCCGCGGCUGCUGACCGACAUCAGCGUGGCGCUGCGGAACCCUCACCUGCAGCGACAGCCGAGCCAGGGCGAGCGGCUGCCCCCCAAGGGGCUGGUGCUGCGCGGGCCCUCGGCCGACCUGCAGCCCUACCUCGUGCGCGACCUCAACAGCUCCGUGGAUCUCCAGUCCUACAUGGUGCGGGGGCUCAACAGCUCCAUGGACGCCCCCCGCCUGCCCUCCCCGCCGCAGGAGAAGCCCCCCCCGGAGGUGCUGCUCCUCAGCCGCCCCCCGCUCGCCCGCUCCUCGCCCGCCUACUGCACCAGCAGCUCGGACCUGACCGAGCCCGAGGGCGGCCGCGGCGCCGCUCUGGGCGUGGGCAAGAGCGUGUCCAUGCUGGACCUGCAGGACGGCCGGGUGGACAGCAUCCCCAGCCUGCCGGCCGAGCUGCUGGCCGGAGCCCCGGCCCCGGGGGGCGCGGGCCAGGGGGGGCUGCGGCCGGGCCGCCUCUCGCAGGGCAGCGCCUCCAGCCUGGCCCCGCCGCGCCUGGGGGUGCCCGAGGCGGGCGCGGCGCAGCUGCGGGUGCCGCUCUCCUUCCAGAACCCUCUGUUCCACCUGGCCGCCGACGGGCCCCUGCGAGGCCCCGAGGGGGGCGGAGGGGGCGGCGGGAGGGGCGAAGGGGGCGGCGGAGGAGAAGGGGGGCACUUCGGGGGCGUCCCCCCGCCGCCGCUGCACGGCUACAGCAAGAGCGAGGAGCUGGCGACCCCUCCCCAAAAACACAUCACGCACAGCCACAGCUACAGCGACGAGUUCGGGCGGCCGGGGGGAGACUUCGGGCGCCGGCAGCUCUCGCUGCAGGACACGCUGGCCCCCCCUCAAAUCACCAUCGGGGCCCCCCCGCCGCCCACCCCGCGGGGGUCGCGGGCGGGGAAGGGCGGCGGGGGUCCCGCGGCGCUGGGGGUGCCGCAGAAGGCGAGGCCGGCCAGCGGGAACCUGCUGGCGUCCCCCGAACCCGCCUACGGACCGGGCCGGUCCCGCCAGCCCUCCCUGGCCAAGGAGGCCUCGGUGGCCGGGAUGAAACCGCCCGUCACCAAACAGGCGUCCCAGACGCCGUCCACGCUGAACCCGGUGCUGCCGGCGUCGGAGCGCACGGUGGCCUGGGUGUCCAACAUGCCGCACCUGUCGGCCGACAUCGAGAGCUCGCACAUCGAGCGCGAGGAGUACAAGCUGAAAGAGUACUCCAAAUCCAUGGACGAGAGCCGGCUGGACCGGGUGAAGGAGUACGAGGAGGAGAUCCACUCGCUGAAGGAGCGGCUGCACAUGUCCAACCGCAAGCUGGAGGAGUACGAGCGGCGGCUGGUGACGCAGGAGGAGCAGACCAGCCGCAUCCUGCUGCAGUACCAGCAGCGCCUGGAGCUCAGCGAGAAACGGCUCCGGCAGCAGCAGCAGGAGAAGGACUCCCAGAUCAAGAGCAUCAUCGGCAGGCUGAUGCUGGUGGAGCAGGAGCUGCGCAGGGAUCACUUGGGCGCCCACGACCCGUCCGAGGGCCGGCGGCGGCUGCUCGACGCUCAGGUGGAAAUUACAAUGUCAUUGCUCUGCUCCGUGUGA